CAGGGGAAAUCACAAAAUCACCUAAAACAGUUGGGGUGAUUGAGGUAAGAGAAAAAAAAAGGAGGAAAAAUGGGUUAAGGUUUAGCAAGGACAGGAUUGACAUUUUACUUCAAAUGAUGGCGGUUUUGAUAAAUUAGGAGGGAGAUAUUUAACAACCUCUAUUAGAUUCCAUUACUAAUUGCUUGUUACAAGAAAAGAAAAAAAAAAACGUAUGACAGGUCUAUUCUCAGUUCACUUCAGUGAAUCAGAAUAGACCCUACCUAUGAAAUUGUAUAAUUCAAAUUGGUAAAUUCCCUCCUACCCUCCCCUAUGGCCCUAUCAUUUCAACCCUCCAUAGCACACCGUUGCAACUUUAUAAACUCAAAACUUCAAAAUUCAUUUCAUCUCAUCCCAUCAACUCCCCCCACCACUAAGCCCUAAUUUCCCUCCCCACACACCCCACCGGAAAAUGAAGCCAAGAGGCGCCGCAACACGGCUACCGUUUUCAGACCGUGAACCCCUCCGGCCAUCAGCAACCCCUCAAUUCGGCGGCGGAGGCCGCGAUUCCGACGCCAGCCUCUGCAGCAGCCGCCCUUCAUCUUCCUCCUUCGGCAUCGCCGCAACCAGCAGACACCCCACCGACAAACAAUCAAUGGUGCGAUCCAUCAACGCCUACCUCGCUUCUCAUGGCGUCUCACUUUCCCUCUCCUUCAAACCUCUUCCUUCCGCCAAAGACGUCACUGAAGUGCUGCGUUUUCUCCUCUCUCGCCUCGAUUUCCCCUGCAAUCCCGGCGCUGCUAAGAGGAUUCUUGAGGAUGAGCUUUUUCUGAUCCUGAAAUGUCUGAAUUGCCCUCAUAAGAUCAACAAAUCUGCGCUUCGUGCCCCUGCUGCUCCUCACGCUUUUCCUCAGAUGCUUGCUGUUAUUCAUUGGCUUGUUCAGCUUGCUGAUUAUACUGAUCAUCUUGCUUCCGAUGAGAAUACUGGCAGGUUUUCAUUUAUGAAGGAUGCUCUCAUGGCUUAUUCUGUGAAUAGUUAUUUACCGUAUAUGAGGGGUGAUGAUGAGGCUGUUGAGGUAUUGGAUAAAGAGUUUUCAGAGAAGAUGGAGAGGGAGAAGGAGUUGUUGGCGAGUAAUUUGAAGUCGUUGGAUGACGAAGUACAGAAGUUAGAGUCAGAGCUGGAAGGAUUGAAAUCCAAACCUUCUGAGAGGGAGAUGUAUGAGAAUCAAAGCAAGGAUCUUAAAGGUGACUUGAGGAAGUUUGAGGAGUUUAUUGCUCAAGUUCGGGAUGGAAAUUCCAUCACCCAGAAGGCGCUGGAGGAGAAGGAAAUGGAGUUGGCUGCUAAAGAGGAGGAGAUCAAGAGGACACGGGAGGAAAAUGAAGAGCUUCAGAAAAGGGUUGAUGCUCAAAAGUUUAACUUGAGGGAUGCUGAGAGGAUGAAAAGGGAGUUGCAGGCUGUGGAGAGGGAGAUUAGUGAGGCUGAGGCCAGCAGAAGCUCUUGGGAGGAGAAGUCUUGGGAUAUUCAUGUAGCUAUUGCGCAGAAGCACAAAGAACUUGAGGCCCUUUCUGUUGAGUGCAACCAGACUCUAAGAAGACUUAAGCCUGCAAUCACUAAGCAUGGAGGUGAUUUUCAGUAUGUGUUGAAUGCUAAUGGGUCUACUCCUGCUGAAGUGUUGGGCAUAAACUACAAAUCUACACUUAAGCCUGCAAUCAGAGCGUGUGCUGAUGAGAUUAAGAAAAGUACUACAGCCAAGUUGGAGGAGUUUAUCGCCCUUCAACAACAAUCUAAAGAAUUGAGCAACAGGAUUGAAGCAAAGAGAAAUCGUCUUGCCGCACUUCAGUUGCACAUUGAUCAAAGGGAACGAGAGUUUGAAGUAAUGAGGAAUCAAAUCGAGGAAUACACAUCCUGGUGUUCAAGUGAAGCUCAAAGGAUUAAAGAAAAAAUAGAGGCAGAGGAGCAUAACCUUGAAAUCAUGGAGCAAGAAGCAAAUGACACCUUGAAGGCUGCUGAGUUGAAGCUCCAGGAGGAAACAAGACAAAGCGAGAAAGAAAUACAACUUUGUGCAUAUGAGCUAUUUGCUUUGAUUGAUUCAGUUUCCAGGUGCAAGGAGUACACCGAAAAGAAAAUUUCAGACAUGAAAAGGGGUCUCUCUGAAACUGCCGAGUUUAUUUCUAAUGUCUAUAAGAACACUUGGCUCCCUGGCUUUAAUACUGCCGUUUGAGCUACCAAACUGCAAAGUACUUGUGUUGAUUUAUGGUGUCACUAGAGAGAUUAUGUAAAUUAAUUAGUAGUAGAUGUUCUGUAAAUCACGCUUUUAGUUUGUAUAAACUUAUGUUGUCAAACUGUCAAUCAAACGUGCUCUUGGGAUAUUGAUGGAGUGUUUAA